AUGGUGAAAGAGAUUUGCGCCGCGCUUCUCUCCGCCGAUGUCAACGUUCGCCUUGUCCAGUCACUCCGCAAAUCUAUCAAAGCUAGCGUCAACUUCGCCUCCCUCCCCGCAGCCGUGAACAAGAAGCGGGUUAUUCAGAAGGCCGUUUUUGACGAGCUUGUGGCCCUCGUCAACCCACAUGCAGAUCCCUUUCGCCCCAAGAAAGGGCGGUCGAAUAUCAUCAUGUUCGUCGGUCUGCAGGGUGCGGGUAAGACGACGACUUGUACCAAGCUUGCCCGACACUAUCAGAUGCGCGGGUUCAAGACGGCUCUUGUCUGUGCAGACACUUUCCGUGCUGGUGCCUUUGAUCAGCUGAAGCAGAAUGCGACCAAGGCCAAAAUACCAUACUAUGGUAGUCUAACACAAACCGAUCCCGCUGUAGUAGCAGCGGAGGGUGUGGCCAAGUUCAAGAAGGAGCGAUUUGAGAUUAUUAUCGUUGAUACCAGUGGUCGUCACAAGCAGGAGGAGUCGCUGUUCACGGAGAUGACCGAGAUUCAGACCGCCGUAACGCCUGAUCAGACUAUUCUAGUCUUGGACGGUACCAUCGGACAGGCUGCGGAGGUGCAAUCGUCGGCGUUUAAGGCCACCGCUGACUUUGGAGCCAUCAUCAUCACAAAGACCGAUGGUCACGCGGCAGGCGGAGGUGCAAUCUCUGCUGUCGCAGCUACACAUACCCCUAUCAUUUUCCUUGGUACUGGUGAACACAUGAUGGAUUUGGAGCGUUUUGAGCCCAAGGCUUUUAUCCAGAAACUCCUUGGUAUGGGUGACAUGGCCGGAUUAGUCGAGCAUGUUCAGGCCGUCACGAAAGACUCUGCCGCCGCCAAAGAAACUUAUAAGCAUAUCGCCGAAGGCAUCUACACUCUCCGCGACUUCCGCGAAAACAUCACUUCGAUCAUGAAGAUGGGACCUUUAUCAAAACUGUCUGGCAUGAUUCCCGGUCUAUCGAAUCUCACCGCCGGCCUCGAUGACGAAGAUGGCUCCAUGAAGCUCCGCCGCAUGAUUUAUAUCUUCGACAGCAUGUCAGCUGUCGAGCUGGACGGAGACGGCAAGAUCUUCGACACACAGCCCAGCCGCAUGGUCCGUAUUGCCCACGGCAGUGGCACCUCAGUUCGCGAGGUAGAGGACCUACUUUCACAACACCGCAUGAUGGCUGGGAUGGCGAAACGCGUCGGUGGUCAGAAGAAACAGAUGCAGCGUGCACAGAACAUGCUCAAGGGCGGUAACAAGGACCAACAGCUGGCUGCUAUGCAGAAGCGUAUGGCGUCCAUGGGUGGCGCCGGAGGUAUGGGAGGCAUGCCUGGAAUGGGUGAUAUGGCGAAGAUGAUGCAGAUGCUGCAGGGUCAAGGUGGUGGUGGCGGCGGUGGUCUGCCUGGACUUGGUGGGAUGGAUAUACAGUCGAUGAUGAGCCAGAUGAGUGGCUUGAUGGGGGGCAUGGGAGGCAUGGGAGGCAUGGGAGGCAUGGGAGGAGGAGGUGGAAGGGGACGGGGACGGUAG